CGAAAGUUUUCGAAGCAGUCGUGUCGUUUCAAAACUACCUUACUGUACGUUUUAAUUUUUCUAGAUAGUUUGUGAUUUUAUUUGCGCGGUGACGGCGUGAAAGUAGACCAGAUAACACAGCAUCUGAAGAAUAAGGUUUUGCGUGUUAGUACGCUUAAACAGAAGUGUCGUUGACGACUCUGUGACAAUGGUCUAAGGAGGAAUGAUUUAUUUUGUGGAAAUGUUCGUGUUAACUUACCGACUUUGGUCAGACCGAAUGUACGGUAAUUUUACCAGACUGUGUAUUGCGACGUGUGUUUCCCGUAACGUGGUUAUCAUUUAUAGUGUGGACGCAGUUGACUCCAAUCAUCGUCGUUAGUUAUCUAUACAGAAGUUAGUAAGGCAGAAGUAUCACUUAAAAAUGAGUGUUUUCACAGUUGUAAAUACGUGUGUUAUACUUGUGGUGUGUAACCUACUUCUGAGCAUGUAUGCGUCUGCUCAGCCGAUCAUGUGCAUGUACAUGAUGCCAGACGGUGUAGUUGUCCCAGGACCGUGUCUUUCCUACGGUUACUACGUCUUCUGCUACGAGUGCGAAAAUGCAGAAGUGACUCAGUCAGCUACAACACAGCAUGCAACAACUGAUCGUGACACAGUUUCCACCACGACUUUUGUUCCUAAGACAAGGCCGCCGACCGAGUCUGCUUCACAGCCAACUCCUACUGAUUUGACACCGCCAAGAACUACAGUCAGGAGCACAACACCAGAAACAACACUUACGUCGUUUAAAACAACAACAACAGUGGAGUACUCCUCGCCAACAAAUCCAGCAGCUACCACUACCACGAUCAGUCAGCAAACGACAACUGCAGCACCUACAACUACUUCCACGCCAGUCUCCACGACAGAGUCUAGAACCACCAAGUCUACAACGACAACCGUUGCUUCAGUCCCAAUAACUACGACGGAAGCGAUUUCCUCUACAGCUGGAACAACUGCUUCUCAACUGACAACUACCACAGCGAGAAAUACCGUAAUUAGUACUCUGGCAGUAACAACUACUUCCACUUCAGGCACAGGAGCAGCGAACACUGAAAAACCUACGAUGUCACCCAGUACAGUGGGAUUCACAAGCACUGUCACGCCAAUAGCUACAACCACGGCGCAAACGGCUGCGGGUAACAACAACACCACUCAUCAAACCACUGCAUCAGACGCCACAUCGGCAGUUACGGCAAGUACCGAGAGUGGAACAAGCCUACCUUCAGGAACCACAAGCCUACCAGCAAAUGUAACAGAACUUGAGACGCUCACCACCGCAUCAAGAAGUUCCUUCCCGACUCCACCUGCUCCUAUAACGAGCACCAGGCGUCCUAGAACAACAAAAAGAAGAAGACGGACGACGACGACCACCACCACCACUACAGUCCCCACCGAACAGACGUCGACUCCGAGCAUCGCAACUGCUGCUGACACUGGUUCCACUUCGUUGCUUGUUACAGUCACGUCGCAAACCGCUGCGGGGAACAACAACACAACUCAUCAAACGAUUGCAUCCGGCGCUACAUCGACAAUUACUGCAAGUACUGAGAGUGGAAUAAGCCGACCUUCAGCAACUACAACCCUGCCAGCAAACGCAACAGAUCUGGAGACGCUCUCCACCGCAUCAAGUUCCUUCCCGACUCCAUCUGCUCCUAUAACGAGCACCAGGCUCCCUAGAACAACAAAGAGGCGGAGACGGACUACUACUACGACGACGACGACCUCUACAGUCUCCUCCGAAGAACCGUCAGCUCCGACCGCCACUGCUACGUCACUGACCACGUCACCUGUUGGAGAGGUGACAUCUGAGAAUACGACUGCAGCUUCGAUACCAACAAUCACCACCGAACAAACAGCAACUGCAGAUGCUGCUUCAUCUCCAGCUACCUUCACUUCCACCCUACAGACAACUACAACUUCAUUGCCGACGACCACCACCCCUCUGCAAACGACCACAACUAUUGCUACAGUGCCAACGACCACCUCUACCACACUACAAACUACUACAGCUACUACUUCACCGGCGUCGACCUCGACCACCACUACCCCUACAACAACAAGCACCACGAGCACUACUUUAGCCCCUACGACCACUGCUGCCACUAUACAAACAACAACUUCAUCAGCUUCCCCGACAACUACAGCUGUUCCAACAACUUCGACUGAGAGAACUACUCCUAAUUUUGAUCCGGAUCCAGAAUGAUGUGACAAGGUGGCAUAUCAUCAGGCCUGCAGCGUCAUGCGCGGGACGGCCACCGCGGCGCUCGCGUUCGCGUCGUUGCUGUUGCUGCUGACGGUGCUGCCACCCAGCGUGGACGCUGUGAGGCGCGUGCUGGUGCGAGCCCCGGGCCAGGCUGCGCAGGCGCGGCGCGCCAAGGUGCUGCAGGUGGGGCAGCUUCGCAAGGAGGACGUGCGCGAGGGACACAUCAUUCGCGCGCCGGACCGCAUCGUGGACCCGGGCGAGGUCUGCCUCGGCGGCAAGCGGCACGGCGCCGGCCGCUGCCGCGAGGAAUGGUGAUACCACCCACGUGUGCACAAACUCUCACUCAGUAUUAUGUGACGAUUUUUUUCCUAAAAAACAAUCAAAAAUAAAAAUGUAUGUUUCUGUAAUUUAGGUA